AUGGAAUCCAAAGAUGACGACUACUGGAACGAUUCGACUAAUAAAUCGUUCAAUUUCGACGAAGAAGAUGUGGCAGUGCUGGAAAUACCUUCGCACAGUAGCACCAACAAACGGAGCCUUUUCGGUGAAGACACAUCAUCCGAGCUGGCCUACGGAAGUGCGCAUACCGAGCUGCCACUGCACAUGAUAAUUUCGGACGAGAAUCUCGAGCUGGUACUGCAGGAACAAUCUCGCCACAUGAUGACCAUCCCCAAAGGAAUCUCACUGGAGGACGAAGUAAAACUUCUGCGCCGAAAGAUCCAAGAGUUUAACUAUGCCCCAUCCACCGAUUCGGUGCUCCGCAAGCUGAUCUUAGGUCAACCGUGUUCGCUGGAAAUGUUUCGUUCCAUGUGCGAAAAGGAGCAGCUGCUUGAUCAAGCGAUCGCUUCCGGAAGUGGAAAUGCCAUCUUAAGGGUGGUACUCUUUCUCGAUCGUACGCUCAAAAAGAAGCUCUUCUACAGCCUACUACAAACGCGCAACGAAGCCGUGGCCCACUACAUGAACUAUCUGGCGCUGCGCCUGAAAGUUACCGAAUGCACGGAUUUGCUGGUAUUCCUUGGAAGACAUCAUGAAGCCAGCCUUCUGCAAUUUUCAAUAUUCGUAUGCAGCACGUCGAACGUAGAAUUUAAGAAGCAAAGGUUGAAAAAGAUUUACAGUGACUAUUUUUCGCAACCCGGAACGAACACUUUCUAUGCCCAGCUCGUAGUUAACUAUAUGAAUCUGCUGGAGUAUCAAACAAAUGAACUGCAUGCGACCGGUGCGAGUGGCAGAGCCGUCGCCAUCCAGGACAAAUCGGUCCUGGAGACACUGCACUACGUGUGCGGGAAGUACAAAUGGGGCGACACGGCGCUCCAAACGAACGACAAUCCGUUCAAGUUGGCCGAAAACCACCAAGUGUCGCAGGCACAGUUCGAAUGGAUCGCUUUAAAUGAGCGUGCGAAGCAACAGGCGUGGCUCGAUUUCGAUCACAUCUUUGAACGGAAAGCUUGGCUCAAUUUGAAGCAAAAGUCCUUCAAACUGAACAUUCCCGUCGAUCGCAGCAUACUGCGUCUGCACGCGCUGCACGCUCCCGAUCCGGUGCUGAGCACAUUUCUGGCGAAAGUGGAGGAUCCACAGCGACGGUUGGCUUUGGCACGGAAAGUCCAAUGUAAGCACGGCAUCGUAGAUGCACUGGUAUCGCUGAAGGACCGGCCGGAGCUGGAGGAGUACCGAGGCACGCUCGAAAGUGGCACCGAAGAACGGCUCUAUGCCGAGAAUGCCUUAAAAUCGUUGAACAACAAAUGGAAAAGUGAUGCAAUGAAGCUCAUAAAGUAGAAUCUCGACCAUUAUUUGGAAUUCUCAUGACAUAAAGAUCAACCCGCGUCCGUUAUUGGGUGCCAGUGAAUUA